CCUCCCCAAAUUUCUGUGCCAUCGGACGUGGGGUACAAAGGAGGGAGUCGUGUAUUCCAACCGGUUACUGUGCACCUGGGUGCAGAACAGAACCGAACAGCGACUGCAGCGGCAGCGGCGGCAGCAACACUUUUCCAGCAUCAUCAUCAUCAUCAUCAUCAACAGCAGCAUCAACAUCAACAGUAUCAGCACCAUCAUCAUCAUCAACAACAACAACAACAGCAACAUCACCCGCCUGCUCCGCUUCAUUUCCAACCCUAUUGUCAGGGAGUUCGAAGCAACCAUUCUAGAGUACACGCUAACUACGACGGCAUGAGGGGCGAAGGCAACGAAACAGCUGUUGCAGCAGUGGGUAAUUUCGGCUCAGCCCAAGAUAUGGCUGUCCCAAUGACCACGGCAGAGAGUGUCACCAAAGACAGCAGGGCUUCUCCUCAUGAUGUAUCGAAAACCUCACCGGAGUCUCCCCCCACGAAGAAAGAGAAGCGAGACAUUAAAGAACCGGCAGAUUCGUCCUCGAGCGAAAAACCUGCAAAUACAGCACCAACAGCAGCAGCAACAACAACACCAAAGUCUUCUGGAAUACUAAAUUCACAAUUCCCAACAUACCACCCUCAAAAGAUCCAGUCAUCUUCGUCAGCAUCGUCGUCGUCGUCAUCAUCAUCGUCAUCGUCAUCAUUAUCAUCGUCUACCCUAAACUUGAGUCCACCGUCCCCUUAUCUGGUCCCACCGUUCAGUAUGCUCACAGCGUUGGCAGACCCUCAUUUGUAUAUCAGCCCACUGGGUGUUUCCCAGGAGAACAUCUACGAAACGGCGGCGCGUCUUCUUUUCAUGUCUGUGAAAUGGGCCAGAAAUAUCCCUUCGUUUUUGCAGCAACCAUUUCGUGAUCAGGCGAUUCUGCUGGAGGAAUCUUGGUGCGAACUGUUCAUCUUGAGUGUUGCUCAGUGGUCGCUGCCAAUUGAUAGCAAUUCUUUGCUGUCUGCCAACAGCUGGAGCAUGGAUUCACACCACACGGAGAAAAUUGCGUUUAUGAUGUCACAACUGCAAUUUAUGCAGGAUAUCAUAGCUAGGUGCAACGAGCUGCACGUUGAUGCUACAGAAUACGCGUGUCUCAAAGCCAUUAUUUUGUUCAGACCAGAAGUGAAAGGACUCCGCGACUCCAAGCAAGUGGAUCGCCUUCAAGACCAAGCACAGAUAAUGUUGAACGAUUACAUUUCACGACACCACGCAGCCGUACAGCCUCGCUUUGGAAAAUUACUGCUCCUUUUACCCAGCAUUCGUUUGGUUAAUCCGCGAUCCAUCGAGGAACUAUUUUUCCGGCGAAUGAUCGGCAGUGUCCCUAUUGAAAGAUUACUAUGUGAUAUGUUCAAGUCGAGCUGAAGUGAAUUACUUCCCAAUUAUAUCCCGACGUUUUAACCCUUUGUCUGUCCUGUGUAUCACACGUGAUACACAAGACAUCUUUCCCUGGCAUCAUAUAGGAUACACAUUACCAAAUGUUUUGAAACCACCAGAGUAAGUUGGGGCUUAUGAUAGAAGAGCUUUAUAUUACUCAGAACGUAUAAAACAAGGGCUACAUAAAAGUCAGAAAACAAGCAAGGACUUUUAGGAGUAACUUAUAAAAAGGAUUUUGGACGGGCAAACGUUAAAAAUGUAAUAUCAAUCCGUUGUUAUGAUAAAUCAAAUGAUUGAUAAGACUAAAAUAAAAUGGUUAAUACACAGUUUCAGGGUUUAAAAUAGAAGUAAAUAGACCUGAAGUGACAAAAGUGAUCUCUUAUAAUUUCAUAAAGAGAACAAGUGAAAUCCAUUAAUUUUAUUAACUCCCUCACAUUGCCCUAUCCACCGAAUCAAUAUGCUUCGUACUUUUUAGUGAUAUCUUGAAUAUUUCAGAAAUAGCAGCUGAUUUACACCGUUCCAAUGUAUUAUAUCAGCAAUGAACACCGCUGAGGAGGAUCUCUUGUUUUUUUAUUUUAUAUAAGAAAAUAUAUGGUUUUCAUCUGACUUUAAAUAUAUGUACAUUAGCUAUGUCACAUAGAGUGUUUGCAUGAAUUUAUGGGAUGUCAUUGUCGUCACUUCCGCUUUCCAUCGCAAUUUACUUCCAUUAUUUUCAGGACAAUCUGUGCAUUUUAAUGACUGUAAACUGCAUGUUAACUGUUAUAUGACUAAAGUAAAAUGGUUAACAUGCAAUUUAAGGGUAAAAAAAAAAGAAAACGAAAGUAGAUUGACCGGAAGUGACAACAUGACAUCACAUUAUUUCAUAAAGAGAACAUAAAGAGAACUAGUGAAAUCUCUUAAGUUUAUUGACAUAAAUUCCCUUAGGGGCAUAGACGUGGUUGUGUCGUUAAGACACUCGCUUGGCAACCAUGUAGUUUCGAGUCCAGUCUCUCAGUGUGGCACCUUCGGCAAGUAUCUUCUUCUAUAGAUACAAGUCGACUAAUGCCUUAUGAGCGAAUUUGGUAGAUGCUAACAGUACGAAAGCCCAUCAUGCGUGUGUGUGUGUGUGUGUGUGUGUGUGUGUGUGUGUGUGUGUGUGUGUGUGUGUGUGUGUGUGUGUGUGUGUGUGUGUGUGUGUGUGUGUGUGUGUGUGUGUGUGUGUGUGUGUGUGUGUGUAACCACUGCUUGACAACUGGCAUUAGUUCGUUUGCGUUCUCGUAAUUUCUACGAGUCGGUAUAAAGAGUCUGAUAGAAUAAGUAUCAUACUUUGAAGUUGAAAUAUGUUCUGGAGUCUAUUUCUUCGACUAAAGCCUGUAAGCAUGGCCGCAGUCCAAUGACUAAAGUCAGUAAGAAAUAUGACGCAUUCACCGAUAUAAUACCUUGUAUAAUACCUUCUGGUGACACCUUCAGUAUUUCAGAAAUAACUGCUCACUUACACCGUUCCAACGUAUUUAUAUCCAGCAACGAACAACACCACCAAGAAGGCAGUUCGGUGUCUUGCAUGCCGACGAAUGAUAGCCAUCAGAGCUACAUGUGAACGUAGCUAUAAUCUUGCUCGACUAUUGAAAUGUAUGAGUGACGUUGCUGUUUCUCUCUAUUCACCAUACCCCGUCCAUAUGAAAUUAUCAAAUUUCCCUGUCGUCACUUCCGCUCAAUUUCUUUUCAUUUCUUUUCAAACUCCCAUACUUCUAUGUUAAUCGCUAAACUCAACGAGGCUUCCCAUGAACUACAGUGAUGCCACCAUCAAUGUAAUACGGUUUUACAAACUACAUCGCUAGUAUUGUUGCUGGGAACACCUUACACUGUGCUCUUCUUGUAUCAUAUGUAUGUAUGUAUUAUUUACGUUAUAAGAAUUUAAAAAUUUCGUCAAACGUGAAAUAAUUUAUUUUUAAUGAUGGAAGUAGAUAAAGCUAUAAAUGAUAGCAUGUAAAGAUAGGAUUAAAGAUCUCUUUGGAUAGAAAAAGUCUAAAUAUCGCUUUUAAUCAGCAGAAAUGACAAAGCGAUUCACGGACCUCAUGUUUCGUUUAUCAUACUUAUCGAACUCUCAGCCUUCGAGUAACCUGUAUA